GUGUCAAUAUCAAGACCUUGAAGUAGAAUAUGAGAGCCUUCUCUUUCAAUACAAUUGUGCAAGAGCUGAUAUUAAUCACCUCCAAAGUUAUGAAGAUAUUCAAUCAGUCCAAAAUCUUCAGAAUAAUUUAGACCAAAUCUGA